GGGCUCCGUCCGGGUCGGAGCCGCAGCGGCGGCCGCAGGUUCUAGAGCGCGUUGCAGCCGCCUCGGGCGCGCCGGGCACUGUAGCCCCGUUCCCUGGCCUCCUUCCACCGCGCGCCCCGCCUGGGCCCGGCCGCGAAGGCGAGGACCCCGCGGCGGCCUGGAAGGCUCCGCCGAAGUCGAAUUUACCUGCAGCGACCGCGACCACAGGCUUCAAGAUGGUUUGCGGGGGCUUUGCGUGCUCCAAGAACUGCCUGUGCGCCCUCAACCUGCUGUACACCCUUGUUAGUCUGUUGCUCAUUGGAAUUGCUGCCUGGGGCAUUGGCUUUGGGCUGAUUUCCAGUCUUCGUGUGGUUGGCGUGGUCAUUGCUGUGGGCAUCUUCUUGUUCCUGAUUGCUUUAGUGGGACUGAUUGGAGCUGUGAAACACCAUCAGGUGUUGCUAUUUUUUUAUAUGAUUAUCCUCCUACUGGUAUUUAUUGUUCAGUUCUCUGUGUCCUGUGCUUGUUUAGCGCUGAAUCAAGAGCAACAGGGUCAGCUUCUGGAGGUAGGUUGGAACAAUACAGCAAGUGCUCGAAAUGACAUCCAGAGGAAUUUAAAUUGCUGUGGGUUCCGAAGUUUUAACCCAAAUGACACCUGUCUGGCUAGCUGUGUUAAAAAUAAUCACCAGUGCUCACCGUGUGCUCCGAUAAUCGGAAAAUAUGCUGGCGAGGUUUUGAGAUUUGUUGGUGGCAUCGGUCUCUUCUUCAGCUUUACGGAAAUCCUGGGUGUUUGGCUGACCUAUAGAUAUAGGAACCAGAAGGAUCCUCGUGCUAACCCUAGUGCAUUCCUUUGAUGAGGAGCCAAGGAAAAUCUUUCUUAAUCUGAUCUUGUGCAUUUUCUCCAAUUUUAAAUUAAGCUCAUCUGCUCAUUUAACAAAGGAAACAGUAUCUGCAACACAUUAUCAACAGUGGAAUUCUAUAUUUUUACUCUUAUGUUUCUCUGAAUGUUUUUUUCUGUUUCCAUUGCUGAAAAAAAACUGAAACUCAUGGUGUCCCCUGACCCUUGGUGGUUCCUGUAAUCUGCUAUACUCACAGUGUCCGACACUGUCCACUGUGGCCUUUCUUAGCAUUUUUACCUGCAGAAAAACUUUGUAUGGCACUACUGUGUUGAUCAUAUUGUGAAACUAAAUAUAUGCCUCACUGGAACAAUUGUAUGUAGCACUGUGCUGUGUAGAUAGUUCCUUCUGGAAAGAGUUCAAGUUAUUAAGGCCAGAAAGUAAGAGAUUUUAUUAUGUUAAGUUCAGUAAGGGAAAUCCACAUUCCCAAAGUUUUUUGUCUUAUUAGGAAAGAUGUGUUGUGGUGACAAGUGUUAAUAUAAAAAUGAUACUUUAGUUCAGUAGUCUGUUAGGAUUACACCAAUGUAUUCUAGAUAUAGCUAUGUCAUUAGGAGAUUGUGGUUUUGUUUUUGACUUUUAUAGGUAAGUACAAAAGAGAAGUGGUCUCAUGAAAUGUUCUAACGUCUAACAUUUACCAUCAGCUCUCAAAAUGGGAUGAAUCUGAGUAAUUCAGAAUGUGUAUCUAUAUAAUCUUGAUAUUCUCUUUUUUAAUGAUUUGAAGUCCAAAAGAUUGCAUUUUUAAACAAGUUACUAUCAAUUAAUGCAUUGGCCCAUGUAGCAAAAAGUAACUUUUUCAUGAAAUUUCUCAGUAUUGUAAUAGCAGCUUACCAAAUCCAAGCAUAUUUGAAUGUGAUAUCUCCUAUAAUUUGGAAGUGAAAUAGUAUUGUGGUUCUGUAUAUUAUGUUAAGAAAAUUAAAAGAUGGAAAUCUUUCUUUGUGUGUACAUAUUUGAAUUUAAAAAGGUAAAAGAAUAGUCAAUGUGAACUUAUUUUCUAGACAAGUGCUCUGAGCUACAUCCCCAGCCCCAGACUUUUCUUUUUGCUUUAACUGCUCUUUGUUGGAUUUAGAGCUGAAUAUUGCUAUGUUAGUAGCAAUGGAAAGUAGGCCAUGGAAAUUAACUUUCAGCACUAAUGUUUUCCCAAAUUCUUUCUUGAAAUAUUUCUACAUGUUUAGAAUAUCUUUUUUUUAAAUUUUUUUAGAAGUCAUUCAUAUUUAUUUGGGAAAAAAUGCAUAUAUUUUUCCCAUUACCAACAAUUUACUAAUUUCUUGUCUUGCAUUCUAGGUAGCAGACUUACAGACCAAGAAAAAUGGUAAAUGGUUGAUCUGUGGAAUCUUAGAGUAUUUUGUAGGUAUGUCACUCCCAUGACUGCAACACUGAUCUUCCAAGCAAAUAGAACUGUGCUAUUUUUAUGAUGUCAUCCUGUGUCACCCUAACAUCAUUCCUACUUAUGUCAUAAGAUGAGAUCCAAAGUGACACAUAGGGAGAUUUUUAAAUUCUGUCUUUUAAGGCAUUCUGUAUUUUAUUUGUGCUCUAAUUACAAUGACUUUAUUUGGGUCAACCAGUUAAAAAUCAAGGUCUAGGCCAGAUGACUCUUCAGGACUACUAGGAUUAUGAGAGUUGGUAAUAAGUAAGUGAUGAUUAGGGAUAAACUCUGUAGAUAAACAUUUUCAAAUGCCAGCAAAGGGCCCUGUCAAAUGAAUCUGGCUUUCUCCUCCAUAAGCAAAUCUGAAAGUCAUUACCUAGCUCUUUCCAUGAUGUUGCUUAUGAUCUGUGUCUAGGUACAGCGACGCUGAUUCCCAUUCUGUAUCAGUGCCCACUGGAAAGGCCUUUGAACACUCAUCCUGAGUUCUGAGUGGCCCUUCUGUAAGCCCACAGAGGCCAGGCAGAUUCGCGGAUACAGAAGGUCACUGCCUGUGUGUACAAGGAUGCCAAGAGCAUCUGAUGCAGAGUAGCAGUGGUUCAGAUCAGGGUCUGUUUUUCAAAGUGCAACGAAUAGCUAUAAGGAAACUCCAAACCUUACUUCUCCUUUCUUUCAGGUCUUGCAUUUCCUUAUAAAGGAACUAACUACUUAAACAAUUUCUCUCAUUCUCGAUUUACAUGUUCCAUUUAGAGGAAUGUUUUUGAGAACAUUUUGCCUAGUCAGCCUUGAUGUUAAAGAUGAAAUUUUAGCUAGAGGAAAUAAUGCUAAUACAAAGGAAAAAAAUCAAAUUUUUUUCCUAUAAUUUCUAAAAUUUUAGCUCACUGUGGCUUAAAUUCAUCUCAGAUACUUUUGUUCUCUGAGCAACAAUGUGUUUGGUAUGAAAACCAGUUCUGCAUGCCAACUUUAAUAAAAUAUACUGCUGAAUGGGACCUUUAAGAGAGGGAGAGGAAACCAGAAGUGUGGCAUUUAGUUCUUAGUUGCCAUGGGCCAAAGCCGCCUCCUAUGAGUUUCCCAAAUAUUUAUUUAAUCCUGUUUGAGUUUAUCCAUUCCUUUGAGAAGACACUAAAUAUUUGAAACCACUUUACUUUUUUGGUGGAAAAGUACUGAGAAGGUAAGUUACAUUUUCACAUAGUAUUUUAUGGGAGAAGAACGCAUUGUGAUCCUACAAACAUUAUCCCUGAUAUGUAAAUGGUUUUGUUUUAUUGAUAGGGAAGACAAAGACCCACUUUUCUAGGUUUCUGGAUAGUGAGGGAAUUCCUGUGAAGUUGUGUGUUUGAGGGAGAGGGUCAGGGAGAAUAUAGGAUUUGUCAUGUUGUAUUUUUCUUGAAUGUUCUAUCACAGCUUGCAAUAGUAGUCCUAGGAAUAGUUCUUGAGUCAAUGGGAUAGGAGAAAUUCAUACUCCACUACCAUAUGCCAGGUCUCUUGUCAUCAUUCUCCCUAGAUAAACCAGCUUUGGGAAUUAAUUUUCAAAUGAGGGCUUGUGGGAGUUACCUGUGAGUUAGCCAAGAAUGGACUUUGACAUCUGGAAGGGUGAAAUCACUUUUGCUUAUGUUCAGUAUCUUGUUUUUUACAAAGAGGUGGGGUCAUAACUGAACAAGUGGCCUUUUAGUAAGUUAAGCUGUCUUGACUUGGACUUUGAAGUCUUGCUCCUUGAACUGAAGAGUGGUCUAUUCUCACUUAGAACUAUUUGCUGUCCCACUGUUCCUGUUCUCACCAGUGAUCACUCGUAGGAGGACUUCAGGAGCUAUGUAGGAUUAGUGAAUUCUACAACAACAACAAAAAAACUCCAAACCAGAGGUGGUCAUAGAUGAUCAUUUGAAGAAGAUGCUAGUUCUUAAGUAGGUGAAAGUGGUUUAAUCAGGUGUAUUGACCAUCUGCACGAAAGACUUUUAUGGACUAUUUAUGUUACCAACAUUUAAAAGAAAGUUAAUCCUCCUCCCCUCCUGCCCAGCUAUGUAUAUAUAUGUAUGUAUAUGUAU